GUGUUCGUCUGUAAACAAUUGAGCUGUGUUGAUGUAAAUUGUGAUCGACGUCGAGGACUGUUGCAGUGUUCUCCAGACAGUUUAUGGAACCAGCAUUUUGAAUGCCUAUUGGAUCUUCCAGUCUUCACCAAGAUAAUGAGUCAACUGGAUGAAAGAAAUCACUGGAAAGAGGGCAAGUGCAAGUAUCAGUCAAGUUCUUUGCAUGACUAUGUUUGUCCAGAUGGUAAGCGAUGUAGUAAUGAAAAUGGAGACCAUCGCACAAGCCAGAGAAAAAAACAAGACCAUUACCAGACCAAGCAAUAUCAGAUACAAGAGCAUCGUGGGCGAUAUCAGCGAAGCCCUAGUCGCAGUAGGAGCCCAAAUGUACGUCAAAAGAUAGUCCAUAACUGUCCAACUCGGAGUAGAAGCCGUAGUCCCCCGUACCAUCAAACUAAAGGUUAUUGCCUUCCUCAUCACAGAAAUAAGAGUAUUAGCUCCACUCAGCAUCACAAAAGUGAUUCAUUGUGUCGAAGUAGAAGUCGUAGCCCAAGUUUUCGAAACAGAAACUCUAUCCAAGUAAAAGAAAAGCAUAGAGGCCACAACCUAGAUCGAUCUCACAGUAGAAGCCAUAGCAUUGAUAGACCUCGAAGUAGAAGUCAUAGCAUAAGUAGAUGUGAUAGUACAGAUACGUCUCGAAGUAGAAGUGAGAGUACAGAUACACCUCGAAGUAGAAGUCACAGCUUAAAAAAUCUUCGAAGUAGAAGUAGUAGCGUAGAUAGCUUCCCAAUCAAAAUAUAUAGAUUGGAGAAACUUCACAAAAGUGGUCAAAGUCCAGCUCGGUAUCGAAGGAAAAGGCCAGCUCAGUAUCGAAGUAAAAGCCCAGUUCGCCAUCAAAGCAAAAGCUCAGCUCGCUAUCGAAGCAAAAGCCCAGCUUGUUUUCGAAGCAGAAGCCCAGCUCGCUAUCAGAGUAAAAACCCAGCUCGGUAUCAAAGUAAAAGCCCAGCUCGCUAUCAAAGCAAAAGCCCAGCUCGCUAUCAAAGCAAAAGCCCAGCUCACUAUCGAGGGAAAAGUCCAGCUCGCUACCGAAGUAAAGGCCCUGUCAAAGCAAAAAACAUAGCUCGCUAUCAAAGAAAAAGCCCAGCGCGCUAUCGAGGCAAAAGUCCAGCCCGCUACCGGAGUAAAAUUCCAGCUCGCUACCGAAGUAAAAGUCCAGCCCGCUACCGAAGUAAAAGUCCAUCCCGCUACCGAAGUAAAAGUCCUGCCCGCUACCGAAGUAAAAGUCCAGCCCACAACCAAAGUAAAAGUCCAGCCCGCUGCCAUAGUAAAAGUCCAUUCCGAUUCCGAAGUAAAAGCCCAGCUCAUCAUCGAAGUAAAAGUCCAGCCUGCUCCCGAAGUAAAAGCCCAGCUCAUGAUCGAAGUAAAAGUCCAGCUCACCACCCAAGUAAAAGCUCAGCUCACUACCCAAGUAAAAGCCCAGUUCACCAUCAAAGUAAAAGCCCAGCUUGCUACCGAAGUUAUAUUAAUACAGCUUUAGAUGAAGAAGCAGGUUUAUUGGCUGGCUUAAGAAAUCACCAGGAUGAGUCUCCAGCCCAGAAACGUGACUUUACCCAGCUUGAAGCUCACAACACAAGGACAGUGAAAAAGGUGCAUGAAACAGCAACAGAUAAAAUUGUUAAUAAUUCCCCUUUGAAACCAAAAAAUUCAAAUGAGUCAUUUUCAUCAGAUGAAAAUAUUGAAGAUAGUGUAAGAUUAGGCUUAGAGGAAGUAGGAGAAGAUGUAGAGGAUAUGUUUGACAAGUCAACCAUGGGUAAUAUUGAUGAUUCGGCUGAAAGUGCUUUAAUGGAAGGUCUGCAGAGCGGUAAAAGGCAGAAGGAAUUUGAAGCUGGCAGUAACCCCUCUCCACCUAAACCAUCACAGAGUUUAAACAACGAUUUUGAAGAUCCGUCGAAACACAUGCAAAAGCAAAUUCAAGUUUUAAUGGGUCCACCAAAUCGUAGAAUGUUUGGGCACACUUCACUUAACUCUUCUUUCUGGACUCCACUUCUUGAUUUUGACAAUCAACAGAUACAAGAAUCCAAGAUGAAUAUGACUUGCCAGGAGAGAGGAAAUGAAUGGGAAGUGGAAACACCAUAUAUUGGAAGAAAAGAAAAGCCUGAAGUUCAUGAAGAGGGUGCAAUAUCAGGAAGAGAUAUAUCAAAUUUAAAAACUGUUACAAUUACAGAACUUCCUCAGCCAGAGCCUGUUGUAUCCAAUGAAAAAGCCCACUUAAAUGACAUAAAUCUUGAUCACCGUGCAGAACAACUAUCUCAAUCCAAGAAUAUUCUUUACCCAAAGGAACAGUCAUCAUCAGUUGCUGUGUCUUCCCCAGUACUACAAACAAAGAGUGAUGUCACUAUGCCAACAAUUUCUUCGUCUUCAGCCUCUGCCAGUACUUUUGAAGCAGCCACACUCAGUGUGCCUUUAAAACAAACUGCUGACCAUAAGAAGGAUUUUUCAAAAACUAAUUCUUCAUUUUCUUCUCCUGAAGUAGGUGGAACCUCUACAAAAAAGACAUCAAUAGAACAUAAACCUAAAAAAUCAUCUGAAAGUCCAAGGAGAUCAAAACAUAAACACCAUAGAGAGAGGAGGAACAAGCGCAGGAGAAGUUCUUCCGAUUCUGAGUCUCGGUCAGAUAAAAGUGAUAAUGAGACACUUAAGGGUUUGAAAAAAUCACCACAAGCUAAAAAUGAUAAGGGGGAUGUGAUGAUGCUCAUUUCCAAAAGGGAAUCUCUCAUUAAACAAGUAAGAAUGUUACUGGAGCAAAAAAAAUUGAUGAAUGAGAAACGUGAUGACAUCAUUAAGAACCACAAAGGGUGCCAAAGAAAUCUUGCAAAUCUUUUAGAAGAGAACUCGCUGCUUAUGAGUGAAAUAGGACAGCAGAUUUUAAAAAUAAAUAAUAUGGUUCUUAAGGUCAACCAGGAAAUUAAAGCUGAAGGAGGAGAUAUUAAAUUAAAGCCAAAACUAACUUCAGGAGAGAAUUUUGAAAAUCCUCAUAACCCUCGAGAGCAAAAGUUUCUUCAUUCUCUUGAGAGGAGAGAAUCAAGUUUGUCUUCCUUAAAAAAAGACAAGAAAACAAAGUCUGUUGAGCCUUCAGUAUCAGCAGAAUAUGAUGAACAGAAGCCAUUUAAGUCAACUUUAAAAUUACCAAAACAGAAUAAAUUAGUGUCACCAGUUCCAGGCUUAUCAAAGGAUAGUAAGAGAUGUUUAUCAACUCCCAAAUCGGUGAAAAAUGAAUCUGUAACAAAAUCAUUUAAAGAAAACGCUGAAAAAAAACAGGCAAGUCAUCAAGGAAGAAGUCAACUUGAGUCAUCUAAAGAAAAGUCGGAUGAAUCUUUCCUGCAUGCUCUAAUUGACUCCCAGAAGGCUUACAUUCGUUAUAUGGACCAAGGCAUGCACUGGUGUAAACUGUGCGAUAUAUUUUGUGAAACAAUUCCAGAGUAUCUCAGCCAUCUCAUGACACCAUCUCACUUGGCAAGAGUUAAGAAUGAUGGGAUGAACUGGUUGGCCAAAGCCCCUAAAGUGAAAAAAGAACCUAAACCUCCCAAUGCACAAGUCUUGACCUUACCUUUCCAGGGUAUAGAGUUUCUUCAUUCGUUGCCAGCAUUUUAUUGCUCCUUGUGUGACACUUUCAUGAGGAACAUAGGAGAAGCAGUGAAGCACCCUGAGUCCAAGAUCCAUGUUACCAAUUAUCAAGUACAUAGAGAAAAGAAUCCUCUGCACGAGUCAAAUUUCCUGAAGUCAAAAACAGCUGCAUAUGUAAAAUAUAUCCGAGAAGAGAAACAAAGAGUCCGUGAGGCACAGCGGAAAGCAAAUGACAAAAAUGCAUCUGUUGACUUAGAAGGAAUGUUGUUGAAGCAGGUAAAAGAACAAAGAAAUAAAGAAAAGUCAGAUAAGGAAAGAAGGGAUGAUAAAAGAGCAACUGAAGCAAAGAAAGAAAGAAUUAAAGACAAUGGAAGCAUUAGAGGUGCCUCACAAAGAUCUGGGUGUCAAGAUGAUACAAAGUCUGAUAAUCUCAGUAGCAGUGUUAGUUUGGAAAGACGAUCUGAUGAGAAUCAGGUUCUGCUGCAGAAUGAUAACAAACUUAAAAGGAAAUUGAUGGAUGACAUACCGAGAAGAGGUAAGUCACUGAAAACUGAUCAGAUUUAUAGCAACUGUAACAAGGAAAAAAGUGAUACAGUCAAACAAGAAUUAUCUACAAAAUGCAAGCAACCACAAAAACCAACGUGCGUUAAGCAAGAUAUGUCUCCGCAACUACAGUAUUUGUUAGCACAAGAGACCAAAGCUGCAACGAGCAUAGUGUCUUCUCAGGAGACAAAAGCUGAGCGUAAAGAAGAGAAACCAGGGGAUCUAGUGGCUUUAUUGGGUUGCCAGAAAAAAGAAAUUGGUGAGGAAACUGAAAACAAUACUAACAAAACACAAAAACAACUACCAUCGAAGGAGGACAAUGAACACACCAGAGAAAAUAUUAGUACACCAACACUGAAUGAGGUCAAGGAUAUAUCAUCAACAGAGCAUGUCAGUGAACUGAAGAAGCCUACUGUAAAAUUUGAAAAGAAUAGUAAGUCUAUAAAUUUUAAAAUGGAUAUCUCUUUGGAGACAGGGAAUAAGGAAUCUUCAAUAACUGCUUAUACUGCUGCACCACUUGCUUUAGAUCUUCUAAGUAUCCCAUUACCUUGUCAAAAAAUAGUUGUUGACACUUCAACAUCAUAUAAUAUUCCUUUACCACCUACAAAACAAUAUGAACCAAAAACUCGAAAAGGUUUACAUUUGUCAGUGCCGUCGGGAACUGCAGAAAUGUUUAUUCAUCAACAUAAUUUUUCUGAAAGUGAUGCCAAAACUAUGACAAAUUUAAAAACUAAUUUUCCUAAUGAGGAAACAAAAGUUGAGAUUGAGGCAGAUAAAAUGAAAGAUCUAGUGGCAUUACCAGUUUGCCAGGAAACAGAAAUUGUUUCUAAGGAAAAUGAAGACAAAAUUAACAUAGCACAGGAAAAACUACCUCUGGUACAAAACAAUAGAGACACAAGAAAUACAUUAGUAUCAAAUAUUACUAAGGAUGGCUCAUCAAUAGAAACAGUUUGCUCUCCUCAAGAGCAUGUCAGUGGGCUCUUUACUAUAGAAGAAAGGAUGAGUGACCCCGAUGGUCUCAAGAUCCACGUGUCUCUGGAAACAGUAAAUAAAGAGUCUCCUGAAUGUACUGCAGCAUCUACACUGCAUGCUUUACAGCUUCAAACUAUCCCAUUAUCAUAUAAAAAAACAGUUAAUGACACUUUCCCACCAUCAAGUAUUCCAGUGCCAACUAGAACCAAACAAGAAACCCAAAGCACAGAAAAUUUAUGUCUGUCAUUACCUAAAGAUGAUACUUCAGGUAUUUAUGAACCUAAAAACAAAUCAUGUGUGUCUGUGGCUGUAAAAUGUCAGUCACUGAUGCCAUCCUCUAAACAAGGUGUGCUUGAUCAUAGCUCAAAAAACUGGAGCAUUAUCAGCAGUAGUAAUGGGGGUCCACAAAAUUCAUCCUCUGGUAUCAUAGAAAAAUUAAAGUUACCACUUUCAUCAGGAACAGAAAAAGUAUCUACUGGUGAAGCAGACCUUAACAUUACUCCUACACCAGGAGUAGAAAAUGAGGGCCUCAAUUGCCACUUGACAUGUAAAAAUGAUGCAGUUUCCUCAGUCAUGAUGUUACCAGAUUUUGAACCAAAUUUUGUUAAGCUUAGCUCAAAAGUAUGUAAUGUUGGCAACAAUAACCAAGAAGAUAUUGCAGUGCAAAUUCCCAUUAGGAGUAAAACAACACUUGAAAUCCCUCUUCCAUCUGGUACAGAAAAUGAGCUGUGUGUCCAAAAUAUUUCCUGCCAUGCCCCUCCAUUAGAAGUAGCAGAAAGUAUAUCAUUGCAGAGGGAUUUAGAUAAGCCAGGUGCUAUUUCUCAAUCAUAUAUUCAAAAACAAAGUUCAAAAAUGUGUAGUUCAAGUAGUAAUAGUAAAAGGUUAGACAAGUUUUCCAUUUCACAAUCAAGUGAAGCAUUGCCAUUAGGUAUGGGUCACCCACAGUGGUCAAUCCAACGGGCAUCUGGACCCAUAGCUGUUUCACUUGCUAAUGAUCUUGUGAAGUGGAGCUCCUCACAUCAUACAGAGAAAAAGAAAACACCACCACCUCCAAGCACAGAAAAUUUGAUCGUCAAUGAAUUAGAUGAUGUGCCUGUUGAACUUGGAGAAGCUAGUAUGGAAUUAAGUGAAGACAGUGAAAGUGAGAGUCUGGAUGAAAAGAGAGAAAUAACCCCACCACCGCCUGGGACAGAGUCAAGUUCUGAAUCUGUAACUGCUAACAACACAUCUUGCCAAAAUGUAAGUUCCAAAAGCAGUCCAUUACCUUCUAGUCUGGAAAAUACAGAAAAUGUGCACAAUAUGCAAGAUGGUGCCAAGCUGUUUCCUCCUUCAGAUGUUAGUAGUAAGGACAACAUGUACUUUGUAGAGGGAGAGAAAUAUGCAGAACUUCCUUCACAAGUUCAUCAAGAAAAUUAUGAAACGUUUGUUCCCCCAGAAAAGAUUGUUGUAAAAAUGACUUGCAGCAAUUCAUCCAGUUCUGUAGAUAUUGUUUCUCACCUUCCUGUUGGGGAACAUUCUUCAUUACUUCAUGACCAGAAUGUGAGACCUGAUUUAAAAGUUCAAAUAUCAUCUGAUGUUAAAAUACCAGCAUGUAAGCCUGAUUUAAAUAACCUUCCAGUUACUGAUGGUGUAUCAAGUUCAGUUCAGCACAUUAACACCACGGAGGUGUGUGCACUUGAAGUUAUUGAUAAGGACAAAAAUCUGAAGGCUCCUGAAUUUCCCACCCAAAAUUUAUCUUUAAGUUGUGGCAAUAGUGAUUCUGCUAAAUUUGAUUCUGAAUCCUUGAAAGACAAUACAGCAAGUAUGAAUUAUGAAGCUAAGAAUAGUACAAAUGAAUCUGUAAAACAUGGAAGUACAGACACAGUUGGUGAAAUUCAUGGUAAGAAAACUGAGAUUAAAAAUCUAGUACAUGCAAAAAUACCUGUUACUGAAAAUAUUGGAGAAUAUGCUGAAUCUAUUUUAUCUCCAAAUACAGUUCAAAAGCCUAAGGAAAAUUUGUUUAAUAACAAAUCGGAGUCAUGUAACAAUUUAGAAUUUGUAAAAGGUUUACAUGCUCUCUCUCCUAGUGCACAAUAUAUGGAUAAAAGCUGGAAUCAAAAGUCUGAAAAUUCCCAAAUCACCAAACAGGAUAUUAUUCCCACAGAUAUAUUGAAGUCCUCAUCUGAAGUUACUGAACCUGAUCAAUUGACAACUUGCAAAGAAGAUGGAAGAAUUAAACUGGAUAUAAUUGCAUUAAAAAAUAACUCAAAAAGUGCAAAAACUGAAAAGUUUGAAGUUCAUACAGAGGAAGAAGUCAGGCAAUAUCAGUGCACUCAUGAUAUUACUUGUACAACAAUGGAAACUCCAGCUGGUGAUCAGGAAGAAAUUAAAGUGGAGGAGCUUCAAAUAUCUAAAAUAUCUAAUGUUGCAAGUGUUGAUCACGAGAAUAAAAUGAUGCAAAAUAUUGAAAAGAUUUUAAUAUCCGCAUCUAUGGCAUUGGAAGAGGAACCCAUGAUAGAAUCUUCAGUGCCCUCUCUUUCAGCAGUAUCCACAACUACAGCUUUAGAAGAUGAGCCACCCGAAAACCUACCUUCAGUUUUAUCAGUAUCUACUAUUAUAAUUUUGGAAGAUGAGUCCCCCAAAAAACUACCUUCAGUUUUAUCAGUAUCCACAGCAACAGCUUUGGAAGACGAGCCCCAAAAAGAAUUACCUUCAAUUAUAUCAGUAUCCACAGCAACAGCUAUGGAAGAUGAGCCCCAAAAAGAACCACUCUCAAUUUUAUCAAUAUCCACAGUAACAGAUUUGGAAGAUGAGCCUCAAAAAGAACUACACGUACCAUCAAUUUUAUCAGUAUCCACAUCAACAGCUUUGGAAGACGAGCCCCAAAAAGAAUUACCUUCAAUUUUAUCAUUAUCCACAGUAACAGUUUUGGAAGACAAGGCCCAAAAAGAACCACUUUCAAUUUUAUCAAUAUCCACAGCAACAGAUUUGGAAGAUGAGCCCCCAAAAGAACUACACGUACCAUCAAUUUUAUCAGAAUCCACAGUAACAGCAUUGAAAGAUGAGCCCCAAAAAGAAUUACCUUCAAUUUUAUCAGUAUCCACAUCAACAGCUUUGGAAGAAAUGCCCCAAAAAGAAUUACCUUCAAUUUUAUCAGUAUCCACAUCAACAGCUUUGGAAGAAAUGCCCCAAAAAGAAUUACCUUCAAUUUUAUCAGUAUCCACAUCAACAGCUUUGGAAGAAAUGCCCCAAAAAGAAUUACCUUCAAUUUUAUCAGUAUCCACAGUAACAGCCUUGGAAGACAAGCCCCAAAAAGAACUACCAUCAAUUUUAUCAGUAUUUACAGCAACAGCUUUGAAAGACAAACCCCAAAAAGAAUUAGCUUUAAUUUUAUCAGUAUCCACAUCAUCAGCUUUGGAAGAAAUGCCCCAAAAAGAAUUACCUUCAGUUCUAUCAGUAUCUACAGGAACAGCUUUGAAAGACAAGCCCCAAAAAGAAUUACCUUUAAUUUUCUCAGUAUCCACAGGCACAGCUUUGGAAGACAAGCCCCAAAAAGAACUACCUUCAAUGUUAUCAGAAUCCACAACCGUAGCUGUGGAAGAGAAAACCAAAAUAGAACUCUGUUCUUUCUCAUCAACAUCCACAGUUACAUCUUUCAAAGAGGAACCCAGAAAAGAUCUAUCUUCUUUCAAAUCAGAAUCCCCAGUUGCAUGUUUCGAAGAGGAACCCAAAGUAGAACUAUCAUCUCUCCUAACAGUAUCCUCAACUAUACUUUUGAAAGAAGAGGAGUCAAAACUAAAACAGUCUGUUGACGUUUCUGAAGUAAAUACCAAGGAAGAAGAAUUUGAUAAGAAAAUACAAAAGCAGGAUCCAGAAGAAGACAUUCUUAGAGUGAGGCAGACUUCUAGAAUAACAAGAAGCACUGUCAAAACAAAUGAAUCAUUUAGCACGAAACGGCCAACUCCAAGAAUGGCAUCAAAAAGUGUAAAACGAGCAGUGAAUUCAGAAAGGAGAAGUAAAGUAGGUAAAGUAAGAGCAACCAGAGCUACAGUAUCUGCUGUCUUUGAAAGAGAGAAGGGUAAAUAUUGCAGUAAGGUAACCUCAAAAAAAUCAGAGAAAGUGAUGCGUGGAGAAAAUUUACGAGAGGAAGAUUGCAACACGUCUCAAAGUAGUGAGGUAACUGAACCGUCAAAAGUUGUUCAAUUGAAGGAUAAAACUGAGAAAAAGCAGACAGCUUCAAGGAGAGUUACUCGCUCCAACCCAGGAAACGGGAAUGAGGAUAUAAAAUAAAAUUCAUGUAAAGCUAAAGUACCUGUUCAUAAAAAAAUCAACUAACAACUAGCAACAAACACACUUUUAAUUUUUAAUUAAUUUUUGAAAGAUUUUUUUCAGUGUCAGAGUAGUUAAUAAAAUGGAAUGCACUAGGCAGUGAUGUGGUGGAGGCUGACUCCAUACACAGUUUCAAAUGUAGAUAUGAUAGAGCCCAGUAGGCUCAGGAAUCUGUACACCAGUUGAUUAACAGUUGAGAGGCGGGACCAAAGAGACAAAGCUCAACCCCCGCAAGCACAAUUAGGUGAGUACACAUCUGAGAGAGAAACAGUAGUAAUAAAUGCCAUUAGAUCUGCCUGUAGCAGUAGAAAGGCAGCGAUUGCUGCAACAGCAGCCAUGACGGCACAAGCACAGGUUUUCCCUCCUUCCUCUUCACCUUCAAAAGAGCUAUCAGGGAGUAAGUUAGUGUAAGCUGUAAAUAUUUUAUGGUAUAAAGAGCUGCAGAACUGAAGAAACAUCCUCCAAAUAAUAAAUAAAUUUUUAGAAGUGAUAAUAUAUUGUUAGUUAAUAUGUUAGUUGCUCUAAUAUUCAUUAAUGAUUCCCUCAAAUAUUUUGUUCCUUUCGUUAACCUUAUUCUGUACAGUAUAUUCCUUAUUUAAUUUGGUAUUUUUUAUUAAUUUGUAAAUAACUGUAGGGCCAUACUGCAUACUGCUUUGGUUAUGUAAAAAUUAACCAAAAUUGUAUAAAAGAUAUUUGUAAUCUCCCAAUUUUUUUAAUGUGCAGUCUACAAAUAAACAUUGUAUAAUAUGUA